AUGAAUAAAUAAUACCCUACAUACAUAGUUAAAGAAACACCAAGAAGUUGUUUAGAAAAUUUAACUCAAUUAUAUGAAGAACCUCUUAAUAAAAGAUUUAUAACUACUUAAGAUGAAACUAAUUAAUCAUAUAGAGAUAUCUAAUAAACUCAUCCUAAAAAUGAAUUAAAAAAAAACAAAGUUGUUUUACAAAAAGAAUAUGAUACUAAAUGCAUUGCAUAUACAGAUUAAUACUACUCUUUUCUCAUUAAUUAAAUGUUAAGCCGUUUUGCUUCUUUAGAAAGUGCUUCUUAAGCUGCUACUGCCUAACCUUUAUUCAAAAUGCUGAGAGGAGUAACGAAAAAGUUUAUGUUCAAUGAACUCGAGGUCAUAUUCUUUCUCCAUAUUAUUGAAUCAUAGAAAUGGAGAUUUGAUGAUGAUCCUCUCAUUUAAAAUUUCAUAUAAUAUUUUAAGUAAGACUUUUUGUCAAAUUCUGAAGUAAUUCUAAUUAAAUUCUUAGAUCUAUAACCUAGAAGGAUAUAAAAAGUUAUUACUCUUUUUAGUAUGUUGUGGAUACACUAUUAAAUGUUUUUUUAAUGAAUCCAAUGAUUAAGACAUUUUACUUAUAACUCAACAUAUUUAAUCUUAUUGUAAUGAAGAGUAAAUAAAUAAUCAAAUAUUUAUAGUUUUAAAAAGUUCAUUGAAAAUUGGCGAUAAACCUAUAUGAAUGGAGCAUUAAGAACUGCUCCAAGAAUUAUAAAUAAACUAUUUUGUAAACUCAUGAAAUUACCAAAGGAUGGUAAACAAGAUCUCUAACUUGAUUAUAAUGCAUUGGUUGAUUCAAUCAUUUAAUUAUCUCCUCCUUACUAAAGUAAUGAUUCUAAAACUGAAAAAAAAAAUGAUAAACUUUAAAUUAAAGAAUAAUAAUAACAAUAACAAUAAUAAUAAUAAUAAUAAGAAAUUUAUCAAUAAGAGUAAAUAUUUUAAUCAGGUAAUUUUUAAUAAAAUCAAUAACUAUAAUUUUCAGCUUAAUUUAUGUUACCAUUUCAAUCAAAUUAAUAACCAAACCUAAAUUUAUUUAAUUCACUUUAAUUAAAUAAUUCUGACUUUCUUGAUCAAUUUAAACAAUAAGAUGGUUUAUUUGUAUCCAACAUUAAACAAUAAGAAUAUCAAUCGUAACUCUAUAACUCAACAAGCAUAUUUAAAAAAUGA